AUGACACAUUUUAUUGAUAUUGCUUUAAUCAUACUUUCUGCUGUCACCUCUAACAAGUUACCUUGUACACCGCUUGAUGACUAUGUCAAUACCCUUGAUCCAUUAUUUAGUUGGAAAUGUCUUCAAACAUAUUCACUACCGACUCAUAUGCUCUACGUAUUAAAUAUGACAUUACAACAAUGGUUUGAUGAGUCGUUUUCUUCGCAACCAAUUUGGUGGCACUAUGUAACUAUUACAGUUCCAAGAAUUAUUCGUCGUAAUAAAACGGCAUUCUUAUUAAUCAAUCAUGGAAAUAAUCCGUAA